GGCGGAGGGUCUCAAAGAGUCCCAGUCCAAACUCACUCCCACUCAGGACCGACCGGGCCCUCCUGGAUCCAACCCCCCCCCCAGCAGCAGCUCCUCUUCUGGGGGUCCGGCCCGGCAGUUCUUCCCCCUCGGGCCGGACUUCAGCCUCCAGGAGCGCCCGCAGCCGGUGAGGGCCGUUCCUAGAACCAUACCCAGAAAAAUCAACCAGCGCAAUGACGGUCAAGCAGCUGUUAUUGACAGCUACGCUAUGACCGCCAUCUGGAAACACAAAUUUGGAAGAAUCCGGGUUGAUCCAAUGGCACACACAGUCAUGGUGGGAAUUGUGAACGAGAACCAUCACUGGAUGUUGGUGGUAAUGUACCCCCAUGAGAAGAAAACCCUCUUCUUGGAUCCACUUGGAGAAGGGAAAGGCAAAACGAAGGUGUGCCUGCAGUCUACAAGAGCCUUUAUGAGGAUGAAAGGCUGCAAGGUGUCAAGAUGGACAUGCAGCACCCUCUCCCAUAAUCGCCAACAAGACAGCACAUCCUGUGGUGUCCUGGCCUUAAAAUUUGCAGAGAACAUUUUACUGGGGGAGGUAAUUGAGUUUGAAACCUCACAGAAGGCAGUGCACGAGCUGAGGCUGGACAUUGCUACUUCUCUCCUCAGAGAAUCUGAUGAUCUAAGCAGGCUUUGCUUUUACUGCGGGAUGGAGGAGCAGGAUGAAGAACAUUGGAUUUGCUGUGACAUUUGUCAGCAGUGGUACCACCACCAAUGUGUACAAAGGCCUCCAGUUGAUCAACCGUACUUGUGCCCUGGAUGCACAUAAUGCCCCGAAGGAACCAUCAUUAACUGUCCACUGUCAUUUCAACCAAUGCAACUAUUGUUUGGCCUGUCAUAAAAUGCACCCCACCCCAAAAGAGGUUUCUAUGAAUCCCACCGUCAAGCAUUUUUCAGGGUAUGGUUCUAGGACUGGUACCAAUAAAUGGAGCAAGUUUCA